CAAGCAGCCAGGAUUUUAUUCCUGCCAUGAUCAAAAUCAAUCAACAUUAAGAUUAAUUUUAAGUGGUAAAACAGGAAAUAGACGGAAUGAACAUCACAGAGGUGGAAGAACACAUCACUUUGAAAUAUGAAAUCAAGAGAAGACUUGGGAAAGGGGCAUAUGGAAUUGUUUGGAAGGCUGUGGACAGAAAAACAGGAGAGACUGUUGCUGUGAAAAAAAUCUUUGAUGCCUUUAGGAAUCGAACAGAUGCUCAGAGAACAUUCAGAGAAAUUAUGUUCCUCCAGGAGUUUGGGGAUCAUCCUAACAUAAUUAAAUUACUGAAUGUCAUCAGAGCCCAAAACGACAAAGACAUUUACCUUGUGUUUGAAUUCAUGGACACAGACCUACAUGCAGUAAUAAAGAAAGGAAGUCUAUUAAAAGACAUUCAUAAGCGUUAUGUUAUGUACCAGCUUCUUAAAGCGACAAAAUACCUUCAUUCAGGCAAUGUCAUUCAUAGGGACCAAAAGCCAUCCAACAUCUUACUAGACACAGACUGCUUUGUGAAGCUGUGUGACUUUGGCUUGGCAAGAUCCCUGUACCAGAUCCAAGAGGAUGCCGUGAAUCCUGCCUUGACAGAGUAUGUGGCAACACGAUGGUACAGAGCCCCUGAAAUUCUCUUGGGAUCCAGUAGGUACACAAAAGGUGUAGACAUGUGGAGCAUAGGUUGCAUUCUGGGAGAGAUGCUCCUGGGCAAGCCUCUCUUCCCCGGGACGUCUACCAUUAAUCAAAUCGAAAAAAUCAUGAGUGCCAUUCCACAUCCUUCUACAGAGGAUGUGUUGGCUAUCAGAUCAGAGUAUGGGGCUUCUGUGAUUCAGAGAAUGCUGCUUAGACCUCAGGUGCCAUUUGAUGAAAUUCUGCCGGCAUCAGUGCCACCUGAUGCCCUUGAUUUAGUGCAGCGCCUGCUGGUUUUCAAUCCAGACAAGAGACUCAGUGCAGAGGAAGCUCUGCAGCACCCUUAUGUGUCCAAAUUUCACAACCCAGCCAGAGAGCCUAGUUUGGUCUAUGAUGUCAUUUUGCCAGUGGACGAUGACGUCCAGCUCUCUGUUACUCAGUACAGAAACAAACUCUAUGAGAUGAUCCUGGAAAAAAGGGCCAGUCGGCAGAUGCACAAACAACCUCAUUUCGCACAGAAAUCAGAGGAGAAGACGGCAGACGUGAAUGGGGACAGUGGAAUGGACAAAAGCAAUGAAACAGGUGCUGGCUCUCAAAGAGAAGGCAAGCGUGGCGUGGAUGGAGAUCAUGACAGGAAAUCUCCUAAUGACAAGAAGAGCUCUAAUGGAACUGGAGCAGCUGUUGCGAAACCUCUCAGGAGGCCUGAGCAAACACACUCAGCUGCUGAAAGCACCAGCCCAGCAGUGAGCCCAAGUGUGGUCAAAACCUCUUAUAACCCCAUCACACACAUGCCUAAUGGUUUAGUCAAACUGCACCACUACCCAGCUCAUUCUCAGCGGAUUGGGAGGAGGAAUCAAGAUACUGGAGGUGUACUGCCUGCAGAUGGUGCUAAUGGGCCUGUGGGUGUAGACCAGCGAGGUCGCUCUGCCCCUGUGGCACGCACAAACUCUUUCUCUCUCACACUAGCACAGCCCCAAAAUAAUCCCCUGCUUCGCAAGGAUGAACCCAUUGUUUCCCCUGGGUUAUGUGUCACCUCUGCUCGCUUGAACCAGCGGUCUAAUUCGCAUUCACGUGAUGCCAAGCCUCCUCCAAGGUUCAGCAAGAAGAUUUUCCAGAGCAAUUCGAAUGUUUCUGCAGCCGGCGAUCCUCGCGCCAAACUAGGCAGUUAUUCUCAGGCGUAUGGGACUAUCAGCAAAAGCGGACUGGACAAUCUACUUAGGAAUUGCCACUAAGGUGUAAAGUGUGAGAUUAGUGGAGAAAUCAAGAGGUAGGCAGACAGCCAUUGGAAUCUCCCAGAUCAAAUAGAAAUGGUGGAUUUCACAUGACAAGAUAAUUAUCAUCAUCACAUGCUCUGAAGAUUAUCGCCAUUGUGGAAAUCCCAGAUUAGUGCUGCCAAUAACGUUUUUUCUGAUCAGUUUAAAUUCAGGUGUCAACUUCUUGUUUGUAAAUAUGUGGUGAAAACAUUCAUUAAAG